AUGGGAGGGAAUGCACCAAAAGGUAUUCUUACCGAUCAAUGCGCAUCGAUUCAAAGGGCAAUUGAGUUGUGCAUGCCAACAAUAAUUCACCGCUGGUGCAUCUGGCACAUUAUGAAGAAGAUUCCAAGAAAAUUAAAUGGCUAUAAGGGACACAACAAAAUUGAACAAGAGAUAAGGCAUGUUGUUUGGAACUCGUACACAAAAGAAGUAUUUGACAGAAACUGGAUCGAUUUCCUUAGAAAGUACGGCCUUGGAGGCAACAAGUGGCUUUCAGAGCUGUACGAGGAUCGCCAUAUAUGGAUUCCGGUUUACUUGGAUAACCACUUUUGGGCCAGGAUGAGAAGCACACAAAGGAGCGAGACAAUAGAGGCACAGUUUCAGCAUGUAUAUACCCAUGAGAAGUUCAAGGAAGUUCAAGCUCAAUUAAGAGGUAAAGUGAACUGUAUCACAAGAUCAAUGCAUUCCACCCUAGGUUUCACAACAUAUGAAGUAAUAGAGCAGGUUUUCAACUCGACAUUCAAUAAGGUUGUUGUCGCCUACGACACAGUAUCAGGAGAUGUAAAGUGCCAUUGCUUGCUGUUUGAGUCUAGGGGCAUAUUGUGCCACCAUUCCCUAAGUGUCCUAAGCUUUGAGCAAGUGGAUAAUGUGGCACCAAAAUACAUAUUGGAACGUUGGAGCAAGAACAUAAAAAGGAGGUAUACACACAUCAAGAGUAGCCAAGAUGAACCUCUACUAGAGCCAAGAAGUAAGAGAUUUGACGAAUUGGUGUUUCGAUCACACAAUAUAUGUGAAUUUGCAUCUGAGUCUGAAGAGUUGAUCAGAAUUUUGCACCGAGCAUUUGACAAGGUCAUGGCGGAGAUGGAAGAAUAUCAAAGGAGAAGCAAAGGAAAAAGAAAAAAAGGGGUGCUGGUAAGACUGGGAGUGGCCAUCACCGUUGGCAUCGAGCAAGAGAGAAAGAGUGAGAGAAAAGGUCGAAACAGAGAUAGUGAAAGAAAACGACAAAACCGAGGAGAGGAAGGAAGGGAUGUGUUGACGCUGCCAAAGCUUCCCUCAAAGUCGCGGCUGUCAAAACUGCCACCAGAGAAAGGAAGAGAUGUGUUGCCAUCGUAG